AUGAGCAUGAAAGAUGUUGAAAAAGAAGCUCAUAUAAUUUAUGAAGCUGGUGGUAGCAAGUUUACAGACUUGCAUGUGUUUGAAGAAGUCAUGCGAAAGCAUCCCAAAUGGGAAUUAAAAUUAGAUCGUGAUUCAACUCGUUCACGCCCUGAAGAUGAAGCGAGUAAUGAAGAAAGUCAUGGCAGUUCCAAAAGAUCAAGGACUACUGAUGAUGGAGAUUUUUCAAUUCCCUCAAAUCAAGAAACUCCAGUUAGUAAUGAUUUUGUGAUUUCACGUCCCGAAGCUCCAGAAGUACUGCGAAGAAACUACGGAAAGGAGAUUGAUGUAUGGAGUGCUGGAGUUAUACUGUACAUACUUUUAAGUGGAUUCCCUCCUUUCUGGGCUGAGACGGAGAAAGGCAUAUUUGAGGAAAUUUUGGCGGGCCACGUUGACCUCCAAUCGGCCCCAUGGCCUACGAUAUCCGAUGGUGCAAAAGAUCUCAUUAAGAAAAUGUUGACCAUUGAUCCAAAGAAAAGAAUUACAGCUGAUGAGGCACUUGAGCACCCAUGGCUGAAGGAAGAUGGCGAAGCAUCUGAUAGACCGAUCGAUAGCGCAGUUCUAAUCAGGAUGAAGCAAUUCAGGGCCAUGAACAAGCUGAAGAAGCUUGCACUUAAGGUUAUUGCUGAGAACCUUUCGGAAGAAGAAAUCAAGGGAUUGAAACAAAUGUUCGACAACAUUGACACAGAUGGAAGCGGGACCAUCACGUACGAAGAACUCCGAGCCGGGCUGUCUAAGCUCGGAUCCAAGCUCAGUGAAGCUGAAAUACAACAACUAAUGGAAGCUGCUGAUGUUGACAAGAAUGGGACCAUAGACUAUAUCGAGUUUAUAACCGCGACCAUGCACCGACACAGGCUGGAUAAAGAGGAGAAUUUGUACAAGGCUUUUCAACAUUUUGACAAGGAUAACAGCGGGCACAUAACGAGAGAUGAGCUUAGGCAGGCCAUGACACAAUAUGGAAUGGGGGAUGAGGCUACGAUUGACGAGGUUCUUGACGAUGUCGACACCGACAAAGACGGGAAAAUCAAUUAUGAUGAAUUUGUUGCAAUGAUGAAGAAAGGAACGCUGGAUUUGGGAGAACAUUUAGGGACAGGCUCAUGA